AUGGUCGAUUUUCUGUCCAAAGUGGCCACAGUUGGUAGCCCCCAAGAGGUACGAAGCUACCGCUUUUUCCUUGAAGUCACUGCGCCAUCCCUCGCGGGUGCUUUCUACGCCGACUUCUGGCUCACCGAGGUGCCGCGCGUCUGCAUGUCCGACGCGGCCAUCUGGCAUGCCGUUGUCAGCCUUGGUUCUGCUCACGAGGACUUUACAGAGCAUGGCCAAGGAUCACGGAGCAUGUUUGCCCUGGAGCAGUUCAAUGCGGCCAUCCGCUCUCUCACUGACUCAAGGUCUCCGAGGUAUGCAGAUCGGUGGAGAGCGCUUAUUGUCAGCACGAUAUUUACAUAUGUAUGCACCAUCAAGGGACUCCACGAUCAAACGCGGCUCCAUCUACAAGCUGGACGCAAUCUUCUCCAUGAAGUUCAAGGUGUCGCCAAAAAAUGUAGGACAGCUUCGAGAGAGACGCAGAUCCAGGAAGCGAUCCAAGACGAGGCCUGGAUCUCUUCCGUUCCAGUAUCAAUUGCUCCAAUACAGUCAAUUCUGGUCACCCUUGAGCUUCAGUUAAAUGCGCUCGACCACGGCGGUAUGACUGAGAGCCCCAAUUUGCUCCUACGAAGCAAGACACUUAACACAUGGCGCUACUACACAGCACCGCGCCCUUCGCACCGCCUGACGCCCGACACUGUUAAUCAAGCCCACUGCGCCGCUGAGUCUCUGUUCAGUGGACUAAUCCUGUUCUCUCAGGAACAUGCCAUGCAGCUCGGCGAUAUGCAAACGCGUAAGUCCGGGCCGGCAGGAUUGUCAUUGCUGGCCGCGCAACAGGAGUCUCAUACGCGAUGCUACAAAGAAAUACGUAAAGCUAUCAAUGUCUUCGAGAACAAGAUAGCAAGAAGCGAUAAUACGCCAGGACAUGAGAACCAAGGAGAGCUGCAUACCCUGCUCCCCUUGCACCUAUUCCAAGCUGCCAAUCGUCUCCUCCUGAUCCAGGAUCCAGAUGACAAUAAUAGGAGCAAGCGUGAAAUUGACCUCCCUGCCUUGUACAGUUCUAUCGUCGACCUCGCCGAGCAGAUCAUGAACCUUGAUCCUGCCAAGACACGUCGGGUAACCUAUACCCAGCACCUCUUCCUCGUUGCCCAUAGUGGUAUUGGACAGUCAACCCGCCGCCGUGCUGUGGCAUUGCUUCGGCGUCCGCGACUCGAGGGUGGUUGGGAUAGCCUUAUUUCUGCAAGUCUUGCAGAAGCAAUCAUGGACAGGGAGAGGGAGGCGGCCUGUGAGUACCAAGUGGAACAACAUCCAGAUGCUGCGACUACAGGAGAAGAGGAGAAAAGGGAGCCUGUGGAGGAGGAAGAGGGGGAGGAAGUCAACCCAAUGUUUCGCAUAUUCAAUAUUACGUUUGUAUUUACAGGACCGAGAGAGGCACGUGUGGUGCUCAGGACAUGGCGAGAGAAGCUCGAAGAUGUUGCCGGACGGACGAGGGUUAUACGAUGGUAA